AAAAAAUUGCUCUUGGUCCCAAUUCAAUUUUCUUUGUAUAAAAUAUGUUUUCUAGGGGUAAAAAUGAAAAUAUGCUGAAACUAUUAAAAAACGAAACAAUUACAAAUCAAGAUUAGAUUUUCCUUGACAAAAAAGAAAUAGUGGAAAUGUGGAAUCAUUUCUUGAUGAGAUUUUUAAUUGUCUAAUGAUAUAAUUCUUGAAGAAGAAACAAGAAACAUCUCACCUUAUCCAAUUCCCUGAGCUCACUCAUCAUGGGAGGCGGUUUCAUGUUUUCCGCCAACUCCGCCACUUUCUCCGCCGCCUCGCCGCCGUCCCCCACCCCAACUCCGGCUGUUUGCGCCCAACUUCAACCGUGCUAUUGCUCUGCAAACGACACCUUUUUUGGGCCGGUUCCUUCUCGAGCAGAAGUUGAAACUGCAAUUCUUGAACUCCAAAGGUUUAUGCACGAUCUUUCAACUACUAAAUCCGAGCAAAUGCAUCAUCACUUCCAAUCUCCCGGAUUCAUGAAAUUUUCUGAGGCGUUCGCCAUGAUGCAAGCAGAGCCACCUCUUCUGAACUUGGUUGUCUCUAUUUCGUGUGAUGAAGCCGUUUGGGAGGCCAUGUUGAGUAACGAGGCAGUUGCCUCAAUCUCUGCAGCUGCUAAAGAAGAAGAGAAGGUGGUGAUCAUGAGCUGCCCUAAGAAGGCAGAUUUGGGUGAUGUUAUGUUGAGAUGGAUUGUGGGGUUGGCCAAGUCCAAAGUCUUGCAGCUGCUCGAAAGCUUUGCAUCGCUCGUGGCUGAGAUUUUCCAACCGCCUUCAAAAGAAAAACCUACAUCACAGCUUGACGAUCUUCUUGAUGAGAAGGUCAGAUCUUCGUUGCUGCUCUCUGUCGUUAUCCUUCUCAUUGUCGUUGUUGUUCGCGGGCAGCCUUAAACCAGCUCAGUUGAUGAUCAUAUAUAGUGUUCUAUAUUUUCUUGAUUUUUAUUUAUUUGGUUUGGUUUGUAAGUUUUCUUGACACCUAUUUGCUGUUUCCAUUUGGAGAAACUUUUGGUUUCACAGGCAACCAUUUUGUUAUUUAAGUUUGGUGGUCUAAGAAAUAAACAUAUACUAUAUCUCAAA